AUGCUCGCGACCGACGACACCGCAGGCUCUCUCGUGUAUAAACGGAGCACGAAGCCCAAUCCGGAUUCGACACUUCCAUUGGCGGUGCCAUCAACAGACAGCAUAGCAAAGUGUCCCAAGUCUCCAAGUGGAGCCUUAACUCUAGAGGAUCGACGCCUUCUAGCACAAUUGUGGUCACAAAUGGAACCCACUGGCGAUAGUCCUCCACCACCUCCACCUCCCAAGCCUCCUCUUUCUCUGGAAUCGCCCCGCUGGAGUGCUGGCGAAUCACUAGCUGAUCUGCCGUCCAGCCCUCUGACAGACUGUCUUGAACCCGGCUACACUAACAUCCGUGCUGACGCCAAGUUGAACGCCUAUCUGCGCUCUCUGGCGGAAGCCGUUCAGCUGGCUCCUAUCACCAAUAUUGGCAACGGGCAGCUGGAGGAGUCGAUCUACUCCAAUAUUGACAGUCCUGAUGCAACUUUACCAUCUCCAAUGUCUCUCCCUUCACCCCUUCCACCAGACCUACCUCCAAGAGAUGGAGCUAAGCUGAAUGGCUGCUCUGGCUUUUUGCGUGGCCUUGGUUGCGCCUGCAUAGUUCCACCCUGGAAUCCUCCAACCAUUAAAAGUUUUGACUUGAAUUCCCUGAACCUGCCCCACGUGGACGAUUCUGAUGCAAGUGAAAAGGAGAAUGAGGAUCUAAAUGUGGAGGACGAACCAAAAGCAGAAGCAGAGGCGGAGAGCAAAGACAGAUUUCGUAACGGCAGUGCAGGUGGACUGCGCUUGGGACCUCUGAUCUGUGCUUUGAAUUCAAAGGUGGUCCCACCACCACCACCGCCUCCAUCUUCGACUGUUCUGCCAGCAGACGGCACGAAUCCUUCUCACAACUCUGCUGCUAAAGAUCAAAGCGCUGCAAAGGCAAAGAUCAGACCCUCUAGAAGUGGGUCUUGGGAACCGUUGGACUUGACGGGCCUAUCAAACAACAUAGUCACAUCACUGGCGAAAUGUGACUUGGAUCCUCUCAGUGACACUUUAAUGCAGGGCGAGGUCCUGAAUGCUGUACGACGAAUGCAAAAUGGAAGCUACAAGGAGAGGAGUCCACAGCAUAAGGCUACCGAAUCCGAGUCACCUCCACAUAUCUGGUGCGAUGAGCAAGGGGAAAAUGACGGUGUACUCGGAACCGAGAAACCGUGCUGUCACUCUGAAACCAAAUCAGAUACCGAGGAUGAUUUUGAGAUGAUAUUUGCAAACGGGAAGAAGUACAAACGCUACUUUAAACGUCACAUCGUGUUCCAAAGGCACGUUUGCAGACAGGUUGUUGUGGCACCUUCUUUACCCGAUGGUAGCGGACCCGACUUGUCUCGACAGGUGUCGCAGGGUCCGCCGCAAAUCUGUCGCCUGGACAGCAUGCCCACCUGUCUGGCCGCUCUGGCGCCUUUAAAAUGCGAGCACUGUCUGUCGCCUUCCAGAGAUGUGAAAGACGGCUGCCUGGAGCGUGAAAAUGAUGGAGAAAUCGCCUCGGCGUGCGCCACGGCAGUUUCACAAGGCGAAGAAUCAAGCGCCACCAGCAGUAGUAGUAGCAGCAACGAAAAACCGCCCAUUCCUCCAAUUUCUCAAACUUCUUCCCCGCUGUCGCCUACAUCGAACAAUACACGUAUGCUAUUGAAGAAAUAUUAUUUGUUUAAUUUCUCUUCUGGGCCUUCUAUACGAAAGCCAAAUUACGAGGAGCGCUCAAAACAAAACGAAGUAUUUGUGCGCAAGACUUUAGUGACUUGA